UUUUUCUCCCAGUCCUCCUCACAAGGCGCUCUUUAAGCUCCGGUGUUGCCACACAGAGCAGCCAUUCAUCGGCUCUACAGUCAGCCACACACACUCCCAUGUUGAACCACUGGACAUCUAAAUUGGUGUAACUGGUUUUGCUGAAACGGAUUUCCAGCCGACGGUGGAAAGGAUUUGGACACUUUUACGCAGCAUUAUGGCUUUGCCUGAGAAGAAUCAGCAAUAACUGGGAUCGUCGCAGACAUCUUAUUCAGUUAAAACGAAUCAAUUAGCCUCCAGUGAAUAGUUUGGACUCCUUAAAAAGAAGUUUUGCAUUAGUUGGUUGGUUGUCUUGUCAUUAGUUGAAGGUAAAAAUAAAUACAUAAAUAAUGUCCGGUGAGGAGCACAGCCUGUCUGAGGCGGAACUGAGUCCGGGAGGGUCAGACGAUGGUCACUCCCUGUCACCGACUCAACCCGGAGCGCCAACCCGCCAGGACUCACCUCUGACCGGGCCGCCGCAGCAGCUGACCUCGCUCUGUGUCGCGGAUGGGAGCGAGGAGGAUGGAGGCGAUAGAGCCAAAUCAGAGAUCGAGGACGAUCGCUUUCCGAUCGGCAUCAGGGAGGCGGUCAGUCAGGUGCUGGACGGAUAUGACUGGACACUUGUGCCUAUGCCGGUGCGCGUUAACAACGGAAACAAAGCUAAGCCCCACGUCAAGAGGCCCAUGAACGCCUUCAUGGUGUGGGCGCAAGCGGCGAGGAGGAAACUGGCCGACCAGUACCCCCACCUGCACAACGCGGAGCUCAGCAAGACCUUGGGCAAACUGUGGAGGCUGCUGAACGAGAGCGACAAGAGGCCAUUCAUCGAGGAGGCGGAGAGGCUGAGGAAACAGCACAAGAAGGACUACCCGGAGUACAAGUAUCAGCCCCGGAGACGCAAAAACGGCAAACUAGCGCCUGCUAGUGAGUCCGACAGCCAGGGGGAAGGGGAGGCCAGCCACUCCCAGUCACACUACAAGACCCUGCAUCUGGAGCACAACGGUGGGGCUGGGUCUCCCCUGGGUGACCUGCACCACCACCACCAUCACCACCACCAUCCUGCUGGUCAGGGUCACAGCCCACCCACGCCCCCCACCACCCCAAAGACAGAGCUCCAGUCUGGGAAACUGUCAGAUGCCAAGAGGGAGGGGGCAGCAGGAGCAGCCGGAGGAUCAGGGGGGUCCAGGGGAGCCCUUGGGGUGGGGGCUGAAGGGGCAUCUGGUGGUCCAUCAUCUUCGAGCGCUAAACCCCACAUCGACUUUGGCACCAUGGACAUCGGCGAGAUAAGCCACGAGGUGAUGUCCAACAUUGAACCGUUUGACGUAAACGAGUUCGACCAGUACCUUCCGCCAAAUGGCCACCCGCAGAGUGGAACCGGGGCCCCUACGGCUGGAUCCUCAGCUUCAUCUUACGCCUAUGCCCUGGCUGCUGCCAGUGGCCACUCAGCGUGGCUCUCCAAACAACAGCAGCAGCCUCAGGCCUCUCCGUCUUCCUCCGACCCCUCCAAGGCCCAAAUCAAGAGCGAGUCCGCGGCCGGGAGCCACUACGCCGAGGCCUCGUCCUCUCCCUCUUCAGGCACCCAUGUCACCUACACCCCGCUCAGCCUCCCUCAUUAUGGCUCUGCUUUCCCCUCGCUGGCCUCCAGGGCUCAGUUUGAGUACGGAGAGCACCAGGCCCCCGGGGCAUACUAUGCCCACUCCAGCCAGGCCCCGGGGCUGUACUCAGCCUUCUCCUACAUGGGCCCUACACAGAGGCCUCUGUACACUACCAUAGGAGACCCCUCCAGUGUGGCCCCCUCUCACAGCCCCACACACUGGGAGCAGCCUGUUUACACCACACUCACAAGACCUUGAGGGAGACCAGCUGAGCAGAGGGAAAUAUGGGAAGUGUGUGAGUGGAUCUGUCUGUGGGUGUGCAAAUAUAUGAGUGUGUGAUUGUGUAUGUGUGUGUGCAUGUGUGUGUGUGUGUGUGUGUGUGUGUGUGUGUGUGCCCGUGCCAUAUUGAUGUUAGAGGUUUUUACUUUUUUAGCCAAUAUAAUGCAAGACGCAUCCACAGGGGCCUUACACAGUUUAAAAAACAGCCACAAACUCACACAAUGUAAAGUGUGAAUCAUGGGUGAACUGCCAAUCAAAAAUUAAAUAAACCUUAACAAAUGUGUGCCAUCAUAAAUUUUAUAAGUCGGGAUGUACAGUAAGUUUGUAUACAAGAAGUAGACGAGUGAGACGCUGAGAGUGAACAGACGAUGCAUUGAUGAGUGACUCUGAUUUGACCUGGAAACGAUGGGUUUCGACUGACAUAAUCAGAUUUUAUUAACCAAACUAAAGCAGAUGUUUUUGAUGUUAUUGUGUUAUUUUAUAUGAGUAGUAAGUUUAUUGUUGUUGUUGAUAUCCUAGGGUGUAACUUUAUUGUGACUGAUUUGAUAUUACACUAAUACAUCUGCACCACUGCUUUGGGAAAAGCAUAUUUUGUUUCAAUAAGAUAUUCCCUGGGGUUGUUCUUUCGUGGCCAGAAAAGGAUAGUUGCAACCUUUUUUUUUUCUUGAUAGUACACUCUGAAUUUCUGACUUCACUGAACUGAAGAAUUAAGCAUUUAAGGGGAAAAAGGAAAAAGAGAGGGAAAGGAAGCUCUUAAAGAUGUAUUUUAGCUUGACGCUCAGUUUUGGACACUUACCUCAACUCUGUAAAUUUUGUGCCAAUAGCAAAGGAGAAAUACGACACUGGAUACCUGAUCAAAUAAUGAAUGAUAAAGGUAUUCAGACUUUCAGAAACCUCCGCUUCAGUCUUCCUUUUUGCUUUUUGAGUGCCUAACAUUUUGCUGAUUCGCAUCUGAUUUUUUUUUCCAAUAACUGAGUUCAAAUCUAUAAGUACAAAGUCUCAACCAAAUCUUUUCAGAUAAUUGGCCAGCUUUGGGUCCUGCUUAAGGAUUAGAAUCACAUGUACGACCGCUCUGCACUGCAUGUGGGCCAAAAGCAUGUUUUCGUCUUUGCAGUUUGUCCUAUAUUGUACCCAAAUUGCCCUCUUCCUCCUCAGCAAUGUGAAUAAUGGUCAUUACCACAGGCUUCACCUUUAUUAUGUGAUGCAUUCUUUAUCAUUUUAUACUGACCCUCUUACCAUGUAGUUAUUAUUUUUUAUGUAAGUAAUAAUGCAUUGUGUGUCACACCUUUGCUUCUUCCAUUUUGUAUAAUUCUGGAUAGUUUUGUAAAGUGUUUGCUAUACAUUCACUUGAGUAUUUUGCUUCCAUACAAGAAAAGCAAUGUUGAAAUUUUAUUGUUGUCAUCUAUUAAAUCAAUUUAUUUAUAAAAAAAAAAAAAUCAUGUGUAAGAGCGUUAUUUUAUGCAGCAGCGAUGGUUCAGAGAUAACACAUGGAGCGGUGAGCAAGUGAAGGGUGAAAAAAAAUAAAUUAAAAACAUGCUGCUGACGUGUGAACUGUAAUAACAACACAAUCAGUGCCCCACCAACCUAAGCUGUUUAGUGUGUUUGUGUGUGUGGUAGGCUAAAAUUGACUACUAAUUCCCCACAUUUAAUCGGCUGGGGACUGCGUGUUACUGGGAAAGACAAAGGGAGCCAUUCAGCGAGGGAGAGGGACAGAAGGAGAGAGAAGGGGUGGGUGUAAAGAGCCAGAGGCAAGGCCAAUUUCAGCUCAGUAACCAGCGUACACUUGGACUUUUGUACAUGGCUUUCCUUUCACUCUGCCUUCUCCUCUCCACCUGAGGCUCCCUCCCUGCCUCCACAUACAGCUGCAGUUCAAACCCAUUCAGUCAGGCAUCUGAAAUCAAAAUGUUAAGUUAAUUGGAGUAAGAUUGUGUAUGAGGGAGAUGUAAAACAAGGGUGAUGACAGCUAUGGUGGUCUUUAGCAAAAAUAUAUCCAGAAUGAGGAGUGAGAGAUUUAAAUUUUGAUUCAGAAUUCAUUUGGUAGAAAAGGGAAGGUAAUUCACAGAGCAGUCCAAAGCAGGGGAAAGAGGUUCAUUUUUCACCAUAAAUUACAUAAACUACAGUUGGUUUAUGACACUCAGAGAACUCGGAUCGAUUCAAUCAAUCAUACUGUGAGCAUGGAAAGAAUAAAAGAUAAUGGGGUUGGAGGGGAAACUAACAGGACAAAACUUCAACAGCUGUUGUUCCAGCCUCAGGCUUAUCUUUCUGAUAAUAAAAG